UGGCAGCCGAGGCCGCGUAUCUUCUUGGGAGCCGCAUCACCGUUGGUGGCACUUGCAUUCUGAAGAUGGUCGGCCAUGGCAGAGGAUGUGGCAUGAAUAAGGACCAAAAUAACAAACUCUGGUUCGUGGUGACACCCUAAGCCUCGAGAGAAUUUGCGAUGACCUCACAAAGGUGGAAGUUGCAUCCGUCAUGUAGAGCACUAGCUGCUCACAUGAGAAUCGAACGUGUAGGUGAGAGUUUGAGGCAAGUGUACAAGGAAGCUCCAGAGCUCCAGAGCCCUAGAGUCCCCCGGGUCCUAUCAAACGAACCUAGCCGCACGGACCAUCUAUGGUUAGUCUGUAGCUACGUGGAGUUUUAAGGUACAAAUCUCCUUCCUCCUUGCAGUGUUCUAAUGUUUGCCUGCCUCAAGGCCUGCUUCUAGAGAAGGGAGUCAAUUGUAUCUGCAACAGCCUCAGUGCCGGCGUAGCAAGACCUUGUCAGGGGCGGUAAAACAUACCUGGCAGCCAAGCGAGCCAAGGCAAGGUACGGGUCCGUACUGGUACCUAGUCAAAGAGGUGGAGUGGAUCGUUUCCGAAAACGAAAAGCCCUAACCGUAGCCGUUGGCCGGUAUCUGCCGGCGAAUGGCUGGGGGCUUUCCAGCUUUGAGACACCUGAGCAAGAAGCCUGAAAUUACUUACAUGACGUUCAGAAGUGCUGCCGGGGAGGCGCACAAAAGUCCUCGAGUCCCACGAUCUUCAGCUUGGUGCGUGCUGGCUACAUGUGAAUGUCAUAAUAAGAUUAGCCUCUAGCUCCAUGGACGAGCAACGGCCCGUCGGGCCACAUUCCAAAUUAAUG